AUGAGUGAGUUCUCAGCUCAAUUCAAAAUUCAAAUUCCAAUAUUUUCCUUACAGAAUUAGAGUCAAGCUAUUUUCAAGCACCCUCUUCAGACGCAAUUCCACGGCCGUUGGUCAUUGAUGGUUGUAAUAUUGGGAGAAGUGCGUCGGGAUUUUCGAGAACGUGAGUUUUUGCAAAAAAACUUGAAAAAAAAAAAGAAAAAAUAAAUUCAAAUCGCCGCUCUCGCUAAACAACGCGCCGGCGGAGUGUCGUUUGUUUUUUUUCGAAAAUUUUUUGUUUGUUUGCAGCCACGUGGAUUGUGCGGGACUUGUUGCAGUUGUUCGAUGGCUGUUCACCAAAAACUUCGAUGUCACCGUAUUUUUGCCCGUCGUCUAUAAUAAUAUCAACAAUUAUAACGCGAGAAACGCCGAAUUGUUGCAUAAAUUGGAGCGAUUGGGAAUUGUCACAUUUACACCAGCCAGAAGUGGGCGCGGCUUGAGAAAGUAGGCUCUAAAGCUUCUGAUACUCCAAAAAAUCCCUUUUUCCAGAGCCUUCAUCAAUUACGAUGAUUUAUACGUGGUUUCGUAUGCCGCCAGGCAUGGUGGAUGUAUUUUGAGUGGCGACAAAUUCAAGGAUAUUCUACACCAGAAUUGUUAUAGCGAUUUUCAUAAUGUGAUUCGAAAUCGAACGGUUGAUGUCAAAUUUCAUGCGUUGCCGUUGGAUUUUGUGCAAUUUGAGCAGGAAAUGUUCUAUAAAAAUGUGCCAGAGAUGUUUAUUCGUGAGUUUUUAGGGAUUUUAACGAUGCUGAUGUCAAAAACUGCUGAAUUCAACUCUGAAAAUGACUUAUGACGUGGCAAAGUUUGAAUAGUUCUUAAUAGAGCGAAUUUGUUAAUUUUAGAAUAAAAAUCGCAAAUUCGCUCUAUUGAGAACUUUGCCACGUCAUAUUAUCGAAAAUCUCAUCGGUACCACGCGCUCCAUCGAAAUAAACACGCAACGCAGACCGCGUCGCGCCACAUCACACACAAAAAGGGAGGGAAUUUGAAUCGUUCCCUUAUUUGUGUGUUUUGUGGCGCGACGCGGUCUACGUUGCGUGUUUAUUUCGGUGGAGCGCGUGGUACAGAUGAGAUUUUCGAUAAUAAGACGUGGCAAUGUUCUAAAUAGAGCGAAUUUGCGAUUUUUAUUCUAAAAUUAGCAAAUUCGCUCUAUUGAGAACUUUGCCACGUCAUAACUCAUGUUCCAUAAUCGAAAAUCUCAUCGGUAUCACGCGCUCCACCGAAAUAAACACGCAACGCAGACCGCGUCGCGCCACAACACACACGAAAAGGGAGGGAAUGUGAAUCGUUCCCUUUUUGGUGUGUUGUGGCGCGACGCGGUCUGCGUUGCGUGUUUAUUUCGGUGGAGCGCAUGAGAUUUUCGAUAAUAAAUGACUGAAUCGUGAUCAGCGUGUUCAGUAAAAUCCACUAGAAAAUAUAUUUUUCGCCCAAAAUUACACAAAAAAUUUAAAAUUUCAAAUUUUCCAGACGAAAGUCACAAUAUGCGCUCCACUGUAAUCCGUCAAAAACUAUUCGUUCGUCCAGCAGAAGAAGACUAUCAACUCGUCGAAGCGCAUCGUCGAUUAUUAUCCGCCGACCGUCGCAAAUUCCUCUGCUCCGAACUCGACGCAUUGCUCAUCUCAAUCAGUUUGGCUGCCGGAAAAGAGUUUCGAAAACUGGAUGAAUUGACAUUGUUGGAUGCGAGCACAAAUUCGCAUCAUGCUCUUCGAAUUGAAGACCUUUUUUCGCCGGAAGUUUGUCGAGAAUUUUAUAAAAAAUAUCCGAAAAAUGAGAUUUUGGUGAGCCAUGAUGCUGGAUUUCAGCAGGAUGGCGAAGAUUCAGCCGAGACAUAUGUCAUGGAACCAAUUGUUGAAGUUGGUGAUUUCGAUUGGCGCCAAAAAGAAGCAAACAAUUUGAUCGAUAUUUCUUCACCAACAAAAAAAUCGCAAAUUCGAAAAAUGAUGAUAAUGAUGUGCAUCCAGACUUGGCACAAAUCCAAAUAUCAUCAUCAGAUUCUACAAAAACGUGUAAAUUGCCACGUGAUUUAUCAAGUUCUGCACUUUUGGAAUGGUUCACAAAAGUUGAGAAGAAAGGAAUUUGAAACAAUGUAUACAUAUUUUUAA